AUGGCCGAAGUCAUCUCCGCAACUCCUUCUUCUUUGGCAAAGUUGAAGUUUAAGCCUAUCAUCAAGGAUGAGCUGACAUCAUCCCCUUCUACUCAGUCAGCGACCUUCAACCCUGACCAGCACCUUGCCUUCGUUGAAGACCCAAAGAAGCUCAUGCUCAAAGAUGUGGCACUUCCCGAAGACAUUGGAAUCUCUACCGUUGCUGCCUCUGAGCCCUUUCCUCUGUUCACCGAGGAAGCCAUCAAGACCAUGAGGCAGGAGAUAUUUACAACUGAGGUGUGGGAGAACUGCCUGCACAGCACCGAGUUCUCUCCUUGCCAGUUGCGAGGACAUUGCCCCAAAUACGCACCUUUCAUGAACCAAGCUUGGAACGACCCGAAGACUCUGGAAAUCAUCUCCAAGGUUGCUGGUGUUGACCUUAUUCCCAACAUCGAGUACGAGAUUGGCAACAUCAACAUCUCUAUUCAGAGCGCGAGCAAUGACAAGGCCAAGGUGGAGGCCAAGAGCGGUGACAACCUCUCAGUUACAAAGUGGCACUAUGAUGCCUUUCCCUUUGUCUGUGUUGUUAUGAUGAGCGAUGCCACCAACAUGCUUGGAGGCGAAACCGCCAUCAAGACCGGCACAGGAGAGGUUCUCAAAGUUCGAGGACCGCAAAUGGGCUACGCCGUUGUUCUUCAGGGCAGAUACGUUGAGCACCAGGCCCUAGCAGCGAUUGGCGGUGCUGAGCGCAUCACCAUGAUCACUUCGUUCCGGCCCCGCGACCCUUGCAUCAAGGACGACUCCGUCCUCACGUCCAUCAGGCCCAUCUCUGAACUGUCUGAGCUCUACUACCAAUGGGCCAAGUACAGGGCUGAAGUAGUGCAGGAACGCCUGAAGGCCAUGCUCAAGACUUUGGAAGAGAACCACGAGGCUGGAAAGCAGACAGACGUCAAGAGCAUCAAGCAAUUCUUCCAGCAGAAUGAAGAGUAUCUCGCGAUUACAAACAAAGAGAUUGUGGAAACACGAGGGCCUCACCGGGAGUGGGAAGGGCUUUGA